AUAGUUUGGUUUAGUACUCUCAGAUUCGGGUUCCGAUUCAGAUUCGAGUACCUUUUUGUUCUCCAUGAAAAGAUGGCAACUGAAGCAGAAAUCAUCCCGGAGCCUAUUUCUGUACUGAAAACAGAAGAGGAGAUUAGCAAACCAAGUUUGGAUUUGAAGAAAUCUGAAGCUGGCCUCGCCCUGCCUGCCGGAACCUAUGAAAGUUUGGAUAAAUCCGAAAAUAUCGAGUUAGCCACUAAUAAUGUGGUUGAAACCUUGAAUACUGUCUCUCAAGCAAAUCCAGAGAAACCUGGGAAUAUUGAAGUAGAAAUGAGCCAAAAUGCUGAGAUUGAGUCCAAUAAACAAGAGGAAAACUUAGAGCUCAAGAAACAAGCUUUGAUCCGUAAUCCAGAUCUGAUAAUGGACAGCUCGAACGAGGCUAAUGAAAUUGUUACCAAAGCUGAUCCUUCCAACAUUAUUCAAGUGGAACUUGAAGAAAAAAGCAUUGAAGAAAAGAAAGACACAGAACCAGAGAAGGUGCCUGCUGCCGUGGAAAAGGGAGAGGGCACUGAAGCAACUGAUCCGGCUGAAACAUCGGUAAGUGAAAAGGACCAAAUCAUUCCCGAUAGCAACGGAGACACCUUAACCUCAAAAGUAGCAGAAACUACUGAGAUCAGGGACCAUGAAACAAUCUCGGAAGUCAGUGAAGUUUCCGGGAAAGAGCUGCAAAAUGACAAUCCAUACAAGGAGGCUGCUCAAGUGGGUGAGAAACCUGAAGAGACGAGUAAAGAACCAGAAAUUGAGGAACAUCCUGAAGUUGACAUCUCGAGCUCAUCGGUUAGUGAUGAAACCGUGAAGGAAAGCGUAAAGGAAUAUGAAAGCAUCCCAUUGAAGUCAACAGAAAAGGCUGACUCUUCAACUGCGCUUGAGGACUCAACAAGGGAUACCAAAGAGAAAACAUUAGUAGAAGGAAGCAUCAAUACUGCUGAACCAGAAUCUGCACCGGUUGUGCCAGAAACAGAAGAGAAAAAGAAGGAAACAGAUAAUGCUGUUCCCACUGAAGAAAACAAUCUAGCAAUGACCGGACAUCAAGUGGCCGGCGUAGAUGGUUUGGACAUUGAUGUGGAACCGGCAGAUUCCCAAACUCGUCUCCCACAUGCAACAGAUGAGACACUAAUGGAAAAGGAGGAUAAUCCAACUUUAGAUGUUCCAAACAUAGAGGCCAAAGAGACAGGACCGGAACACUUGCCCAAGGAAUCAUACCUGCAUAGAGAACAAGAGAAUGGAAAAUGCAAACUUGUAGCAGAAACAUUGAAAGAUGAACAAUCAUCGGAUUUAGGAUUUCUGAAAGAGAAGAUCGAAGACGGAAAACAAUUGGAUGAAGCCAUGGGUUUGGAAGACACCUCGGGUAUAUGCGAAGAUGUCGAAAAGGUUAUCCAAGCAGAAGAUGAUUUAGCUAAGAACUUGGCAGAACAAGAAACUGAAGUGCCAAAAGGAGCUACUGAGCAGAUUUCCGAGGUCAAAAACAUGAAUGUAAAUGAAGAAAAAAGUAAGGAAACCAUCCCUGAACUGAGAAAGAGCCAAGCUGAUGAAACAAUCCCCGAUGUUCAAAACCAAGAAAGUGAACAGAAUAUAAAUGAGGAACCGGAAGACAAACUGGAGGAUGAACAAAAAGCAAACGAGGUGAGCAAGGAUGUCAUCUUGUCCAAAGAGGUGGAAGAUUACACUUCAGUCUCAAACGAAUGUAUGAAGGAAAGAGACUCUAAGGAACAGGUACAAGCGAAAAACUUGGAGGUUAAAGAACAUUCAACCAUGGAGCGAGAAGCAUCACUCAUCGUAGAAUCGGCAGAAAGGAAACAGGUACAAGAGUCUGGAAACCAUGAAAGUGUCCCCAUUGAAGUUGGGGAAUUGGAAGAAAAAGUUAAGGACAUUGUCCAUGAAUCAAAGCAGCAUUCUCAAGAAAAGAGUGAUGAAACCGUGACAAAAGUUGGAGCUGAGACAAGUUUAGGCAACACUGAGAUGAAUGAGGAGCUUGUGAAUUAUAGCUUGGUCGAGAUGAGCAAAGAAAGUAUUGAAAGUGAUGCUAAUCAAGAGAAUAAACAAGUUGAGAAUCCACAACAAGAGUUGGAGAAAACAGAACAAGCAUUGGAACCCAAAGUGAAUGAAGCUGAACAAACCAAAGCUGUGCCUGAAACAUCAUCCGAAUACCCAUCUGAAAGCAUUCCAACUUCUGCUGCAACUUUGCCUUCCAAGGAUGAAGAAAUCGAAACCGCACACUUGAAUGAGAAGAUGGGAGAAGAGAUACAUAAGGAUGCUGAAAUAGUUAAACAUGAAAGAACAAUAGAAGAAGUAUGCUUGCAAAAGGAAGGAGAAAGCGAGCCUAUGGCUAUAUCGGUAGAAAAAACCAUUGUUGACGAGGGUCUUCAAAACAAGGAACCAGAAGAUCAAAUUCAGACAAGUUCGACAUCACCUUCUAAGGAUGACUUAUCUGAUGCCAAGCAAACAGCAGUGAUAUGCUUGGAAAAAGAAGAGGAUGAAGAUGAUAAGAAAGAUGAAACAUGUGUUGGUCUGGCCAUCGAAGUGGAGGAACCAAAGGAUCAAGCUUCAGCUUCAGCAUUAACUGAAGAUAUUGUGGAUCAAGCUCAAGAUUCAUUAGCUGAGGAAUCAAGGGAGAUUGAAACCUCUGCAUUGCCUUCUGAGAAAAAUGAAACAAUGGAAUCUGAACCGCAAAAAGAUGAGAGUCCACCAAAGAUCCAAGAACAAACAACAGAGGUCGAAGAAUCCUCAAAUACUGAAGUUGAGACAAGUGAAAAGGCUUUUGACAAUGAAUCGAUCAAAGAGAAACUUGUCAAAGCAAGUUCUGGAGAAAAUAAGAGUGACAAUAAAAAUGAAACCAUAGUGAAUGAAGUUUCAAAGGAAGAGCUCUUGGAGGUCAAGGAAGUUACUGAAACAUCUAAUUUGAUUUCCGAACUGGAAGAGCCGGCGAAAGAUGGCUAUGGAGAAAAUGCUCCCAAGGAUAAACUGACUGAGGACAAGGCAUUGGAAACAACUCAAACAGAAGAGGACAUUGUGGAAACUCAAAAGAUCAAUGAAAAUGAGAUAAUCGAAAAGCAGAUUGUUUGUGAAGAUAAAACUGCUGAAAAUCCAAGAGCAGCUUCAUCGGUAAUGGCAACAGAAGAGGAAUCAAGCUUAGAAUUAUCGCAGUCAGGUCCAGACGGCGCCAAGGGUUCAGAUAAUCAGAUUUCCAGUGAAUUAGAACCUAUUGAAAACACAGAGAUAACAAUUUCAAUAGUUAAAGAACAUGCUCCAAUAGAUUUGCAGGACAAAGUUGCAGAAUCCUCAGAGAAAGCUGAAGUUGAAGAUGCCAAAGAGGUUUAUCCAAAGGAAGCAUAUGUUGGCCAUGAUGUAGACAAACUAACAGACUCUUCCGGCGAAAAGAUAACCGAGGAGUUAACGUCGGUGGAGGAUUUGACUAAGAUUAAGGAGCUAAAAGAUGAACAUACAGCAGAUAAGACGAAUGAAACCUUGAAAAUCCCAGCAUCUGAAAAUGAAAAGGAUGGUGCAAAUAACAAUGUUGAGAAAGAGACUGUAGCAGAAGAUCACACUUUCAAGGAUCAAAAACAAGCUCAAGUUAAUGUGAAAGAAGCCACAACUGUUCCAGAAGAAUCCAUGGAGAAACCUGAAGCAAGAGAGAUGCAACCUGGAGAAGCUAAAGAGAUUUCUCAUGGAGAAGAGAAAACAGAUACUUCAGUUGCAGAAAUAAACGUGGAACAUGCAUCAGCUAGUUCGGGCAAUUUAUCAUUGUCUGAUCUACUCCAAAGAUCUGCUGAAGAGAAAAUAGAGGUGGCUGAAAGUGUGAUUGAAGAGAGGGAACUAACAGUAAGAAAGGAAGAAGCACAUGUGGAAGUUGCAGAAACCAUUCCAGCUAAAGAACCAAAAAUAGAUGGAGUACCUGGAGGAGACGAACUUAACAAGAACGACUCAGGCUCAGAUGGCCCGGUGAUAGUAGAAGCUCCAAGAGAUGCUGAAACUAAACCACAUAAGAAAUCUCAAAACAUACUAUCAGGUGUUGGAUCCAAAGUCAAGAAUUCAAUUUCCAAGGUAAAGAAAGCAAUUACUGGUAAAUCUUCUCAUUCAAAAGAACCAAAAGCAAUAUCACCAAAGGGAAACGACAAAUGAAGAUGUUCCUCAUUCUAUGUUGGUACAGAAUAUCAUAUUUUUAGAUGUUUUUUAAAGGGAUGUUUUUUUCCAAUAAAAUAUUUCAUGAUUUGUUAAGCUUGGUAUGUCUUUGUGCAGAAUGGGACAGCGGUUUUUGAUUUUUGUAUAAACAUACUUGAACAAAUACAUGAUUGUGAACUGGAUUUUACAA